CAAGAGCCCGCCACGCAGCCGCAUCGUCGGGUCCCUGUAGCCUCUCGCAAGCCCGACCCGCCUCCCCUGGCCAGCUACGCUCGUAGCACUCUGUCUCUGGUCCCAGUUUGUGCUCUCCCGGUGAUUGUAAACUGGUUCUAGCCUGAGAUCCGGGGCCAAGAACAAGCUCGAAUUCACUACUGAGAGCUCGGAUGCCCCCAGGGCCGCCACUUGCUGCUAAACGAAUCCUCUCCUAUGAAGAAGAGCCACCUCAUGUCGCCUUCGCCUUCGUCAACGCGAGGCCCGCGCUCAGUGUCGCCGCCGAAAGGAUCUCCAGUGUAUGGAGAGGGCAAGAUUUCGCUGCGCGUGGACCAGCCUGUGGAGGGCUGUACGAUGAUGACGCACGCCUUUUUCCGCUCCGGAGACGGCGACAUUGACGAUAAGGAUGUGGACAUGCAAUUCCACUGGUUCAGGUCCUCCAUGCGGCGUGCGUGUGCCAACAGCGAGUGUACACGCCACACCAGCGACGGUGCUGGCAAUGUACUGCUGCUCGUGGCCAAGAUCGAGUGCGUGCAGUGCUGCAGACUGGGCAUCACAAGGGAACACUCGUGCUUCUGCAGUUCAGAUUGCUUCCGUUUGGCCUGGCACAAGCACAAGCAAUUGCACGACUCGCAAGCGCUGGUCGAGGCGCAGCUGCGACAAGGAGACGGCUACUUUCCGUGGAAAUCGCAAUUACACCAUAUGGACACGUUCUGCCCGCUGCCGAAGGAGUCGUGGGUCAAGGUGCAGGAAGAAAAUCGGUCGUACACACCUACCGCCGAGGACGUGGGCCACGUGAUUCGAGUAGAAUGUAAGGCCAUUAAGCGUGUCGGCGGCGGCGUACUGACCAAGACAGUCGAUACUGGGCUCGUGCUGCCGUUUCCACCCAUGCCUCCAAGGCGGCAGAUGCUGGCGAAUGUGAACGAAGAGCGACUGACACCACGACUGCGGCAGAUUGGCGUCUUCCGCGUGCUCACGUACAAUAUCCUGGCUGAGAUCUACGCGACGCGACAGAUGUAUCCAUACUGUCCGAUCUGGGCUCUUAGCUGGUCGUUCCGAAGAGAGUUAUUAAAGCGCGAGUUGCAGUCGUACAACGCCGACAUCAUUUGUCUCCAGGAGGUGCAAGGUGACCACUACAAGAGCUUCUUUGCGCCAAUGAUGGAAGAGUGGGGAUACGAAGGCUGGUAUCUGAAGAAAUCACGUGAGUCCAUGGGUCUUGAGGGAAAAGUGGACGGCUGUGCGCUGUUUUACAAGCGCAACCGCUUCAUUCUCAAGGAACGGUACCCGGUUGACUUCAAUGACCUGGCAAACGACUUCCUCACGCAGGUGCAAACGGAGUACGACUUAGACUACCAGGGCCCGUCGAUGGCCGCACGUGAAAUGUUCUUGUCAACGCUAAACAAGAUGCGACAGCGACUUCAGCGUGACAAUGUGGCUCAGAUCGCAGUGUUGGAGGUGGUUCCAGCGAACAACGAGGUGGUUGCGCGAAAAUCUCAGUCAGGCCCGUUGAUUUGUAUCACGAACGUGCAUAUUUUCUCCAAUCCCAAGUUCCCGGACGUCAAAAUGUGGCAGACAAAUAUGCUGGCGAAACAGCUUGAGCGAGUCACGCUAAGUCGCAACCUGCCCACGAUACUUUGUGGCGACUUCAACAGUGAACCUUCUAGCGCUGUGUACGAGUUUAUGACGCGUAACCAUGUUCUACUCGACCAUCCGGACAUCCAGUGUCCACCGCAGCAGCUCGCGAACAUCUACGCGUCGCUUGACUUGGAGCACAACAUCGGCUUUGCUAGUGCCUAUGCUUCAGUCUUUGGUGCUGAACCGGAGUACACCAACUACACAGGUGUGGUGGACUACGUUUGGUAUACACCGGAGACGCUGACUCCGUUCGCCGGGCUCAAGGUGCAUCCGCCUGAAGUGCUCGAGGCUUAUUCGAAGACGGCGCUGCCCAACUGCCAGUUCCUAUCGGACCACAUUCCUUUGUGUUUAGACUUCAGCAUAAAGGCGGCCGCCAUCAACAAUGACCGCGUAUACGGCGACCUGCAGCCGCAGUUUGUAGCUAAGGACGUGCUUAAGGCGCUGUCCCAGCUGGACGCCGUGGUGGGGGACGUGUUCAAUCGCUUGGAGCAUAAAGUUUCGCAGGAGAAGGAGCGUGUAGCCGCCGUGGACAAGCGCAUCCAGGUGUGUCAGGCCAAGGUUAACGCGCUCACGGCUCGCCGCACGAGCAACAAGCCCACGACUGUAUUCUCCACCUCCAAGUACCCGGCGCCCAAGCACAUACCGCUGCCCAAGACGCUGUUCCACGACAAACCGUAUGCCGAUGCACCGCCGCUGGUGCCUGAUGCGGACGACGACACGCACUUCCUCCCGGCAGAGCCACUGCCCCCCGCUCAAAGAGGACAACACAUGGCUGAGGUGGUGGAACUCUUCGAGAAGGUGAACGAAUACCAGAAGACACAACAGCCUGAGGCUGAUAUGGAGAAGGAGGGACUGGGUAGAUUACCCGAGUAUAUCCCGUCUGUAGGCAGCGUGCUGCUCUUCAAUUCCGGAGAGAAUCCGUACCAGAAGUACACGUCGUGGGAUAAUCUACUGGGCACAGACUACGAAGAGGAAGAGGAGAAGCGGAAGGAACUGGCCAAGGCUCCUCGCACGAUCGAAUACGGAGACGAGUUGCCGGCCGUGCACGGACUCAAUUACGAGUUCCACCCGUCGAUGGGCAUCAUGCCCGACAUGUCGGCGAAGCUGCCGACGAACCUGCCGCUCGAGAACAUCGCCGACUACAAAUACGCGCAAGAGAGCAACGCGUCAAUCGCUCCGUCCAUGUUCCAAGACAAGACGCUGCCGGAUCUGCCUACAGUUGCGAACUUUGAGGAGGGACCUGUGGCCCAGGAGCCGUCGGAGCAGAACUUUCAGGUGGGCCCGGUAGACGGUGCUCCCCCACCUCCUCCACCGGCGCCUACUGUAGACUUUACCAAGAUUGAAGAUGACGCUCCUCCUCCACCUCCUCCGCCUCCGCAAGGGGACGACGAAGAUGACUUGGCCCCACCUCCGCCGCCACCACCCAUGGCAAAUGGAGAGGACGAUGAUGCACCACCCCCGCCGCCGCCUCAAGAGGAUGGACCCCCAGCGCCACCGGCCGCGGAGGAGGAAGACAACCAACCGCCGGCCCUCAGCUUGCUGGAUCAGAUUCGUAACCCCAAAAUUAAGCUCCGAAAGGUGGACCCAAGUGAAAAGAAGGCGGAUCCUAUCGCGAAGGCAGGUGACAGUGCAAACAAGCCGUUGACAAUUGCUGAAGAAAUGCAGCAGCGAAUGCUUCGAAGGCAGGCUGCUAUCAGCGGCAAGCAAGACCAAAUGGAGCAGAGACGCGAGCGCGAGAAGGCAGCUGCGAAGCCUGUGACAGUUUUGACUGCGAAGGAGGUGACUGCUCCAGUGCAGCCUCCUCCACCCCCUCCUCCGUCUGACGACGGACAACAACACACUAAACUACCCACGCUGGCUAUGUCAGACGAUGGAAGUGACGAUGGCCGCGGCCACAUGUCCGACGACGACAAGUCCACCGAUGGGGACGAUUUCUUGGCUCAAAUCCGGAACAUCAAGAGGAAGCAGGAUGAAGGCUCUACUCAGCCAAAGCAACCGCCGCCACCGCCCAAGACGGAAGAUGUCAAGAAUCCAGUGGCGAAUUUUGAAUCGCAAAUGAUUGGACUACGGAACCGUGAAGAUUCGCUGAGCAUGUCUGAAGCUUCAGACUGGUCGGACGACUAAGUACUGCGUGUCAUGGGUACAUGUGAAAUCACACCGAUGGCGUCUUCAGGUCGAAUGUUGCAGCCGUCGCUCAAUCUUGGUAUCGCCAACGUUU